AUGAUAGAUUCGAAUGAUGUGUGGGGUUGGGAAACGGAAAGUGACAGCCUUUUUUCGGUGAAAGCCGUGAGAAAAGACCUAGGCGUUGCGACUUACCAAAGUGACGGUGAUCCGGUUAUGAAGUGGUGUGCUUGGGCAACGGCCAAAGCGAACACAUUGGCUUGGAGGAGUAUUUCGGGUAGGAUUCCAACACGAGUCGAACUAGCCAAAAGAGGAGUACAGGUCGGUUCCGUGACUUGUUCAUUUUGCGGCUAUUCGGAAGAAACGGCUGAUCACAUCUUCGUUACGUGCAUAAGGGCUAAAACCAUAUGGUGGCUCGUCGGGGUUUGGCUGGAAAACAUGGGUUUACUCACUUGCAAGACGGUUAAAGACAUUCUCGAUGUGGCAUGGGGAGUUAAUUUACCGAAUACACAAAAGAAGGCCUUUUAUUGUGCGAUCAUGGCGGCUUUAUGGAACAUCUGGAUUCAAAGGAACGAGAGGAUCUUUAACAACGCAUAUAAAUCAUACUCAAGAAUUGUCGAAGACAUUAAAGAAUGCUCUUUACUUUGGCUUAAACAUAGAGGCCAAAUGAAAGAUAUUGAGAGAGAUCUUUGGUUCAGUUUGGGUGUGAAAGGAAUCAUAAAUAGGUGA